AAGUUUUUAAACGGCCCGUUGAGGUAGCGAGGAAUAAAUUUCAAGGGGAAAGAGGGCCGUUUUCUCUUGCACAGGAUAAGCAAAUGGCACCGCACGAUCUCCGCCGUCCGUUCAAGAGAGCGGCGAUCUCCGAUCAGCAGAGACGGAGGGAUCUGACGCUGCAGCGACAAGCUCAGGGCCGCCGCGAUGCUCAACAACAAGCUCGGUGCUUGGCCUCCACUGUCCUCUCUCUCCUAUCCCAAAGCACACAACCCGAAUAUGAGCCGGACAUCGAACUCGAACCCGAAUCGCUACCCGAUUUACUGCCUGAACAAGAAGAAUCCGGAGCUUCGUCAAAGGAUCUCGACGUCCGUCAUGCGUCGAAGCUCAAAGGAGCGGAGGCUCGCAAGUGGUUCGCUAGGCAGCUAAUGCUUCCGGAGUGGAUGAUCGACGUCCCUGAUUGCUUGGCCCGAGAUUGGUAUGUAUUUGCAAGGCCAGCUGGAAAACGAUGCUUUGUUGUUUCUUCUAAUGGAACCACAGUUAGUAGGCAAAGGAAUGGCUCCAUCUUGCAUCGUUUCCCAUCUGCUUUACCAAAUGGGGCUAAGACUAGAGAUGUAUCGGGGCCUUCUCAAUCUUACUCUAUUCUGGACUGCAUAUUCCAUGAGCCGGACCAAACUUACUAUGUGAUAGACAUGGUUUGCUGGCGCGGUUACUCUCUUUAUGACUGCACCGCUGAGUUCAGGUUUUUUUGGUUGAACUCGAAGCUUGGAGAGACUGGGGCUUGUAGUCCUCCUUCUUUUUACCAUAAAUACAGAUUCAGUACAGUUCCCAUUUAUAAUUGUGACCAGAGUGGUCUAUCGUCUGCGUAUACAGGAGCAUUGCCUUAUGUUAAGGAUGGUUUAUUGUUCUAUAACAAGCAUGCACACUAUCAAACAGGAAAUACACCACUAGCAUUAGUCUGGAAAGAUGAGAACUGUAGUCAGUAUGUUAUUGACACAGAUAGUAAAGGGCAGGUUCCAAGCCAACAACAGGUAGUUUUGGAGCUACAAGAUGAUGGAAAAUUGAUUACAUCUGAUGAUCCUCCUGUGGUUUUUGGCUGCUUGGAUUUGGAUUUUAUUCAAAAGACAGGGCUGCAUUCAGGAAAUCUUUUACGUUUUGCUAUUAGUGAUGGAGGGUUGAGUUUUGUGGAUGGAAAGCUUGAGAAGGUGGAUUUACACUAUCUUGGCAAAGUCAAUCGGGCACGUGCUUUUCCAGAUAGUUACUCUAAGGUUAUGUUCCAGUAUACUGUUCGUCAUUCUCCUUUAAAACUUGAUGAUUUGGUAGCAUCUAUUUCCUCAUUAGAUUAUCAACAAAGCAAACCUUGUGACAGUGAGAUGAGUGGUUGAUGGUGCUUGUUUCCCAUGGUUCUGAUUAAAAAAGUGAAAGACCUAAAACAGGGUAGGCGAAGUAGGGUUGCAGACUUGCUAGCAGCAAGUUCACAAUACUGCAUUUGUAGAGCACUUUAAUAGCUGAUGCAGAAAACUGAUGAUAUGUGACAUACCAUGUCUAUUUGAGUUGUAUUCUUGGUUGGGUUUCAUGCAUAUAAAAGCUUCCCGUUUGGCGAUUUCCACA